AUGCCUCUCGACACCUCAACAUACUCAUUAGCGCUCCUGCGCGUCGACGGUCGAAGAUGGAACGAACUCCGUCGUCUUCACGCCCAGAUCAGAACUCAGGAUGCUGCCGACGGCUCAUCAUAUCUUGAAAUGGGCCACACCAAAGUCAUGUGUAUCGUGACUGGUCCUUCGGAACAGCAGCAGCAAAGACGUGGUGGACAGCAAGCUCCUCGCGACACGGCCGCGAUCAAUGUCAAUGUUGUGGUGGCGGGCUUCUCAAGCGUGGAUCGCAAGAAGAGAGGGCGCAAUGACAAGCGCAUACAGGAGAUUGAAGUUACAAUCGCCAAUGCUUUGUCGUCGAACCUACACACACACCUAUUCCCUCAUUCUUCGAUCACGAUCUCUCUCCACGUUCUCUCCCAAGACGGCUCUCUCCUCGCCGCUCUCCUCAACGCUACGACCCUCGCUCUCAUCGAUGCCGGUAUUCCCAUGACAGACUACAUCGCCGCUUGCACAGCUGGCUCGACGUCUACAUACGCCGCUGGAGACGACACCGCCGACCCCCUACUCGACUUGAACAACCAAGAGGAGCAGGAGCUUCCGUUCCUGACCGUUGCGACGCUCGGCGACACUGAUCGUGUGGCUGUACUUAACUGCGAGAGUCGUGUGCAGGUUAGCAGAUUGGAGGGUAUGUUGGUGGUGGGCGUGGAUGGAUGUAAGCAGGUGAAGCAGUUCUUGGACCAGGUUGUAAAGGAUAAGGGUGCAGAGAUGGUCAAGGAGGGUGCUGUUCAGAGAAGUGAUGCGAUGGGCAUGGAUGUGGACGAGUAG